AUGGCAAAACGUCAAGCAAUUGAAGCGCUUGAUAGGAUAUUGCAGGAUAUAAUAAGCAACUCAGAACCAUUUGGAGGAAAGGUUGUCAUAUUUGGAGGAGAUUUUAGGCAAGUACUUCCAGUGGUUCCUUGUGGUACGAGAACAAAAACUAUGGAUGCAAGUUUAGUAAUGUCAUAUUUAUGGCCAAAAAUGAAGAAAUUGCAAUUGACAACCAAUAUGAGGGCAAUCUGUGAUUCUUCUUUCAGUGAAUUUCUAUUACGUGUUGGUAAUGGGGAAGAGCCAACUGAAUAUGAAGAUUUGAUUCACAUACCAAAUGAAAUGGUCAUAAAAUAUGACAAUGAAAAAAAAUCUGAAGAUGAGUUGAUAAAUGCAAUAUUUCCUGCAUUACAACAGCAUGCAUAUUCGGCAGAAUACAUUACACAACGAGCAAUAUUAGCUACAAAGAACGAAACAAUAGACAAAUUAAAUGACAAACUUAUUGAUCUAUUUCCAGGAGAUAGUGUUACGUAUUAUAGCUUUGAUUCAGCAACUGAUGAUGCAGAAACUCAAUAUCCAGAAGAAUUCCUCAAUUCAUUGGCUCCGAAGGGACUUCCACCUCAUAAAUUAGUUUUGAAGAAGAAUUGUCCAAUAAUGCUUUUAAGGAAUUUGAAUCCUUCACAUGGAGAAUGUAAUGGAACCCGUAUGAGUAAUGUAGUGGAACCUCAACAAAUCGAGACUUUGAGAAAUUUUGAGGCUGUCAACCAGGAAUCACAACAUUCAGAUCACUCAUUGUUUCACAAGCGACGAAUGAAGUUUUACACAGGCUUUGCAAAUUCAAGUAUGAUAGUGGCUCUGUAUUACCUUUAA